AUGAAAUCGUUUGGUGCUGCAUUUCUUAUUGCCGGCAUUAUUCUAGCAAUAUUAAGUACCUGGUUAGUUCUAACAGGAGCAUCGAUGUUUCGAAAAAUAAAUCUAUUAAAACUGGGAACUGCUUUGAUCGUACUCAUCAUUGGCAUUGCUCUUGUCGCCAUCGCAAAAGAACAAAACCAACUAAUUGUUGGCUAUGCUCUAUUCGCUACUGCACUAUUAAUGCUUAUAACAAAAUUUUUUUUUCUUGUUGAAGACGAACAAAUUCGAAUUCAACGUUUAGAACGAGAAUUGCAAAAAGCAAAACAAUCAGCUGGAAUGGGUAUGGCUUUAUCUUACUUCUACAAUUUUGUUGUACCAACGGCAGCAAAUAUACGCUCGAUGGAUGAGGGUCAUACACCAAUCGACAUGGAAGUAGCUCGUGGAAAAUUCGAAGAAUAUCAGCUUCAGAAUGACCAAUUGUUUAUUAUUGUGCCUCGUGAUCUUGAUGGAUCUGACAUGAAAGUAUUUUUAAAAAACUUAUCAUCAUCCUCGAAUGCAUCCGUUAUACAGGGGAAACCAAAAGAACGACCGGGUAAUGAUACACAUCGUCCGAUGUUUGUGUAUUUUAUCGAAUGGGAUCCAGAGAAAAAAGAAUGUAAUGGUCUAUUUGAUAUUCCAACAAUAAUCUCCUCAUGCUGGGAUCGACACAAAAAUGAUAAAAACGAUCAGCACUACAUAGUCAAUGUUGCUGAUGAAAUCAUGAUAUUUCAAAAUCAGCUUCUUUCAUUGAUCAAUGAACAUCCAAUAACAAGUGGGAAAGUCCGCAUCCUAAGUUUUCCAUCGUUACCACUUCGGUUCUCGGACAUGAAACAUACUGUGUCACAGUUAGCACAUCAUGGAACUUUUAAAUAG